AUGACUCCAGUCCAGAACCGAAUUUGUCAAAUAUCUCUUGCACUGAGUACAAACAAACCAGAAAACGACAAUUUUGUUUUUCCGGCACAGGCAGAGAAAGCCACACGACAACAAGAACGAGAAGUGAACAUCAAGAGUCUCGAAGCGCCUUGUCCUCGACUAGGCUGGCCACAUGAUGCUCAUCUCCAGAGUUGCCCGUAUCCGAUGCGAAUGAAUGUGGAACACACGGACGAGUUGAGGGAACUACAUGAAGCGCUGGUGCUUGCUAUUAACAAUAUUAUUGAAAGAUGGUGGAGGGACGAAGAGGCGGAGUUUUCGAAAAGGAUGCCAUUAGAAGCGCACGAGGAACUUCUUUUACAGUGGAUCGAUGGUCAUGAUACAGCCUCUCGUCCAUUUGAUAAUCACCAAGGUUCAUGGAGACCAGAUUUCCUGAUUGAAGAGGUAACUACGACUGAUGGACCUGGAUCAUCAAAAGAGCAGUUUCGUGUUUGUGAAAUCAAUGCACGAUUUGCUUUCAAUGGAUUCUUGAUUACUGCAUACGGCCAGCAAGGUCUACUGGACCUUGGAGCUGAACGGAAAGGAUUCAAGGGAGCAGCGGAGAGCGAUGAUAUCAUAGAUGGUCUGUUCACAUUAUUUGACCCCGAGCUUCCCUUACACCUUCUCAAAGGCAGCGAAGGAGGCCACGAUAUCCUCAUGUUCCUCGAGUGUGCAGAGCGACGAACAGGAGUUGUACCUAGAUUCAUUUCACCCCAGGAUCUUCGACUGGUGCCGAGCCCAGACUCCAAAACGGGAUACAAGAUCUGCUGCGUGACUGAUAUUGAACAAGCAUUGUCCGCAAAUACAAAGCAUCCGAAAUCGUCAACCUUCACCGAUCAUGCAACAGGAGAGGUUCUGGAAGAAAUCCACCAAGUAGGACUCGAACUCCAUCAGCACGAACUCCAAGCGCUCUCGCCCGAAAUGCUUCAGCAUCUGUCCUCGCGCUGUUUCAACGACCUCAGAUCCGUUUUCCUGGUGCACGACAAGAGAUUGCUCGGAAUUGUUCACCAAGAACUGGGCUCGUUGGUUCACAGGUAUCGUAUUCUUACUGAGCGUCAAGCCGAGGUCCUCCGCCGUGGUAUUGUACAUACAAUUCUCCCGGGGUCACCGGAAGUCCAGGCCUUUGUCCGGAAAUGUCGGGAGUCACCGUCCUACAAAGACAAUUAUAUCCUCAAGCCUGUCCGAGGUGGCAAGGGCGAAGGAAUCCUCUUUGGGGAUGAGCUAUCAACCGAAGAAUGGAAUGAAAAGCUCAAAGGACUUGAAAGCGCAGCGUUGACACCGAGUGGAACGACCUAUGUGGUACAGCGUCAGGUUCAGCAACCACUCUAUGAGGUCCUGUUGAGGGAAGAGGAAGGCGUACAGCGCAACCGUCUGGUGGGGACAUACAUGUCUAUCCACGGAAAAUAUAUCGGGGUAGGAUGCUGGCGCAGUGGGCCGGGCAGGGUAUGUGCUAUCAGCCAUGGGGGUGCAUGGAUGGUUUCAGUUGUAUGA